CAGGAUAAAAUGGUACAUCUAGGGCAUUGUUAUCACUAAAUGAUAAGUGGGGUCAAGUAUAAUUGGGGUAUUUGUGUAGUGUAGUGUUGAUUGAACAGCAUGUGAAAAGACAUAAGGACACAAUGUGGGCGGCGGAGCUGAGCUGUUUUUUCAUAUUAUUCGGUGUGACAGCUGGCGGCGGGGGCUGGGAGCCCUUGGGGCAACCGUACUUCGACAACAGCACGAAGCGCGAGGCCACCGCCGCCGUGGGCCAGCCCGCGUACCUUCAUUGUCGUGUACGGAACCUAGCUGAUAGAGCGGUAUCCUGGAUCCGUAAGCGUGAUUUACACAUCCUAACUGUGGGUGUGCAUACGUACAGCAGUGAUGCAAGGUUCGCUGCGCUCCACGCUGACGGAUCGGACGAAUGGACGCUUAGAGUGGCGCCCGCUCAACCUCGAGACUCGGGGGCUUACGAAUGUCAAGUUUCUACUGAGCCUAAGAUUAGUCUGUCUUUUCGUCUGACAGUUGUUGUCUCAAAAGCGGAAAUACUAUCUGGACCAGAGCUAUUCGUAAGGGCUGGCUCGGAUAUCAAUCUCACUUGCGUCGCGAAACACGCUCCCGAUCCUCCAAGCUUCAUCUAUUGGUACCGUGGAGAACAAGUAGUGAACUACGCACAACGAGGCGGCAUCAGCGUAGAAACUGAACAACGCACCCGCACUAGCCGACUGUUAAUAGCUCGAGCUGCUCCUCAUGAUUCCGGCAACUACACGUGUGCCCCCAGCAGUUCUGAAUCAGCAUCGGUAAUAGUUCACGUACUGAGCGGCGAGCGUCCCGCAGCCAUGCAAAGCUCUGGAUCUACGCCACAUCACCUGAACAGCGCCAUUCUCGCAACUGUUGCUGCCAUCAACAAUCGGCCCACCACCUGGCUACUACUUCUCUUACCGCUCUUUGGGCAUCACAUCUCAAUAAUAGCGAUAGUCAUCUCAAUCUUUUCUGCCAAUGUCUAUAUCCAUCUUACUGAAAUUAUAAACAAUUUAAGACUAGAAAAACAGUCUUUAAGAUGACCAAUUUCUAUGUGGUUACUUCUACGACUUCCAAAACGUUUUAAACUGCGGAAGAAAAUCCAUGUACAGAGUACAAUUGUAUAAUUUUUAUGUAACAUUAUUAAACAACUGUUUGUAUUGAUACAAACGAGUUUAAAAAACUGUUGAAUUUUGUUAGUGAUUUGUAUUUAAAAUACAACGAUAUUAUUAUUGUAUAUUUUCUAUGAGGUAAAUAAUAUGUUCAAAAGUAAUACGUCAAUUUUAUGGUCGACACUUCAAACAGUAUAAAACCCUUUUGUUAUUUUACCCUUUUAUGAAAGACGAAGUAAAAUAAUUUCGAUAAUAAACGGGCUCUAAGAAGAUUAGCGGGACGCGUUUACUUUACAAGGAGCGUUAUAAGAUUAUCCUUAGCUGAUUCUCCUUUGUUUUUCCAGCUAACUACGCCCGUCGUCUUAAUCCUGUGCCGAGAUUACUAGCGAAUCGAUUUCGUUAUUCCAAUCUGGAACGAACCAAGAUUGAAUGGAAGCAAGAAGCUUAUCUAUAUGUAAUGUAUCUAAGCCUUCAGUUGCUCUCUUUGCCACGUUAUUUGCCUUCGAUCUAGUUGGACAAACAAGCGUCGACAAUGUUCGUAUGCGAUGACGAUUCUCAUUCCGACAAUAAACUUUGUCGAUUCCUUUGAUCUCACUUCGCAUUUCGAAGAUAUCACUGCGAUGUAGUUCUUGAUAUAUUUUAAUACGACUAUUCAAGCAGUUUUUUUCAAGAGGAAUAAAUAAAUAUAACUAUAAUUAAUAAAUAAUACUCGUUUCAUUAAAGGUCCAACGUCGAUUGAAUUGAAAACUUAUUAGGCAAAUUCAAUGAAAAUAUAUUUCAGUUCGAUUUAUUAUUUUGACGAAUUACGGUAUUGUUGGUUCAAAAAAAAUUAAUAAAAAAAUACAUUAAACUCGUUGAAUACGCUAUAAAUCAACAGAGAUUCGGUUACUCAUCGUUGCGGCAUGGAAUAUAAUAUUUAUAAAUGAUAAAAUAUUUAUUUAUUUGCACGGUUAUCUUUACAGGCAUAGACAGAAUGCAAUAUUGUAUCUAUAUUAAAACAUUAUUUGUCUUUUACAAAACACAUAUUAUAAAAAUAUUCUGCAUACAAACAUUAAUGCUAUCCUUCUACCUAAAAUACAUAGGCAGCAAGAAAAUCUUUUAAAAUAAUUCAAUUGUAAUUUUUUUUUAUAUUUAAAACUUAAAUUUAAAACGUGUUUUUAAAUCCUAUAAAAAUUGGUAUAAAUGAUACUUUUACGUUUCUAAAAGGUAACCUUUUCGUCAUUAAAAGUAGAGCGUAAUAUCUUGAAACUAUUGACUGUUUAUUUCGUAAGUACGUACUCGACUGCCUUUCCUUUACUAAGAGAUGCGACUGUUAGUUU